AUGUCGAAUCCAUUGUUAUCCUAUCGGGUCUACGCCAGCAGCAACAGCUCAAUCGAAAUUCUGCAGUCUGUGAAGCUCAAGAACGGAAUCCAGGUCGCUCUGGCCUUCGCCAGAGAUUACGAUUCAUCUGGGAAAGCCACGGGAGAGUUCGACUGCUAUUUCAAUAAAAGCGACUUCACUGAGGCCAAGAUCAAAGCUUUCAAGGACAAGGCCAGUUCCAAAGUCAAGUUCUUCCUCAGCAUCGGAGGCCGUGACCAGAAAUACAGCUUUUCCGUCACCUCUUCCGAGAAAGAAUCCUGGAUCUCCAGUGCCACCAAAUACCUGAAAAAGAUCAUCGAGGAGCGCAAGCUUGAUGGCCUUGACGUUUACUACCAACACAUCCAUCCUGACGGUCAAGGUCAGUUUAAGGAUGCAAUCGGCGAGGUGAUAGAGACCCUGAAAAACGAGCUUCCCGACGACUUUCUUGUUUCCAUCACCGUGUCUGCUUCUCUCUGUGAUAAUUAUUACUGGCCCUUGUACAGAGACUUCAAAGAUUCUAUUGACUUUGUAGUUUACCAGACCCACACUUGGCCUACUGUGAUUAGAACUUCGCUGUCCCUCAAGGAAGUCCUCGACAAACUGCCUUAUGACAAAAAGAAGCUCAUCGCCGGCCACAGUAGCACCCACCCCUCGGAUUGGACCACCGUCCCAGUACCCAUCUUCCUCGGUGCCGUUCCUCACCUGCUCGACCAGAAGCCGGCGACCGCUUCUGGGAUUUCCAAGUGGAUCGUGACCGGUGAUGAUAACCCUGAGAAGUGA